UGGGAAUGGGGGAAUAUCCGAAAUAUAUUUUUAACAACAAAAGCUCCUCUGAUGAGGCAUACGCUGAUGUGCAGUAGGCCUAGUUAUUUUUUGCUUGCGGUUAAAUAUGAAGUUGUUUUAAUUUGAAUAAUCGGCAUAAGUUACUUGAAUCAAAGGUAUCGGGAGCAGUCAGUAGCAUUAUGAAUAAAAAACAGUGUUUGGCAUUGGAACAUAACAAACCGUUUAUAAUUGAAAAUAUAGAUGGCAAACGUCUACUUGAUUUAAUGGUUGAGAAAAACAUUUUCAGCACAGAUGAUGAUGAAGAAAUCCGAGAAGCAGGAACACGAAAGCUGACUGCUGAAAAGUUUUAUGACAAAUUGUUGAAGAGCAAACAUGGAGAUGCCUAUACAACUUUCAAAACAGCUUUGAAUCAAAACGGUGAUACUUACAUUGUAAAAGAACUUGAAAAAAUAGAACAAAAAUAUGCCAAAGUUCCAGAUGAAAAUUUGCCUGACCCACGAAGAGCUGGUGUACAUGCAGGUGGGAAUUCAGUGUAUGUAUCAGGCCAUGGAAAUACCGUUAUCGCAGGAGGACAACAUGUCACUGUUAAUAAUACCUUUCGUCGUUAAACCCUGUUCACAUGCACCACGCAAUAGAGUAUCACAGUCAUGUCGUCACGACGCCAGGUGACGCUCUCUGUUAUCUACAGACGUUGGUUACCGUUCAUUUUGCCUGAAUGACUUAGGCUUUCUGGAAUAGGCAUUUUAAAUCUAAUAUUUUACCAUAAAAAAAAGCUCGCAUUACAUUAUUAUAUUAUCGAACUCACAUUUAAUCAUCAAUUAAAAUUUACAAAAAAAAAAGUAAGAUACAACAUUUUAAUAAUUACGUUAGAAAUUGGGAUCAAUGGUUUGUCAGUGGAGAAAAUGGCGCCCAGGUUGAACGAUUUUUGCAAUGAUACGAACAUAGUAGUAUCACGCGGUAUAGUGACGUAACACUGAGUACUCUAUAGAAACAAUCGUCUACCGGGAACCUGUAGUGGUUACGUGAUGUAGAGGGUAUAACUUACAGUGCGAUAAGUGUUAAAGUAUAGGAAAAGCGGUUGUUGGCGGUUGUAAAAUCAACUGUAAAUUAGGCUUUGGAAUUUACGUAAUCCUUUGUGAAACUUGAGCUAGCCCAGAAAUUGUAUCAUGUCCCGCUCGCAGUUCACGGCUCAAAGAUCCUUGUGCAUACCUAAGCUUGCCGCUGAUAGGUGGGGCUAGGCCUAACUUUUCUUAAAUAAUCUCAAUAUUUGGGGCCACUAUCUUUCAGAGCAUUAGCAAAAUAUUACAGCAAAAUUCUCAAGUUUCCAGUCAAUGUAGUAGAGUUUACUGGCAUUCCAACAAACAUUUGUUUCGUUUGUGCCUUAAAACAAAAACACUUCGAAGAAGCCAUGCAUUUUCCUAUUACUGAGCGUAACUGGCACUGUCUGUUUAUGUUUUCUACCCACUAUAGGUCACCGAUUGUGUCUGUUGUUUUAAAUAAUUAGUUCGGUACAGAUUAUGAGAUCAAUAAAGGGUUGGGAUUUUUUAUUCUUGAAACUAAUCCUGCACAAAGGAGCUCUGAUAAAACUAAUGCUUAUGAUUUUUUAAAUUGUUCUUGACUAAUUGCCCAUUUAUAUAAAGAAAUAAGUUAAAGUUAAGAUCUGUCCACACUAGCACGUUAAUGUUAAAAAUGUGCGUGAUGUGCCUAUCUAUGGCAUGAUGAUGUCAUAUCACACCCAUAUCUGGCAAAUCACAGUAAGUCUCAUACAGUUUCAUAGUGUGAACAGAAAUAUAUACAUUGGUUAAGCUAUGCUUUUAAUACGAAGAGUAAAUGAGUAGUUGUAUUGUCGUAUUUAGUUCAAGUCAUGUACUGUGCAGUGGUGGAUCCAGGAAUUUGAAAUAGAGGCCCAGGGAGAGAUUAAACGUACAUGGCACCUCAGCUCCACUAUGGUUGGGGAUUAAGCAUGAAUGCCUAUGGCAUCUCCAAAUGGUUUGAAAUGGCACUUCCAGGCUAACAUUUCAAUGUUGGUUUUUUUCCCUGAUUUUUCCAGCAUGGACCUUUUAAAUCUGCCUCUGCUGUACUACUUUUAGUAUAAUAGCAAUUAUUAAAUACGUUGGUUUGUGCAAGAUAUUGCCUUGUGAAGAAUACGAUUUUUGGUGAAGCAAGUUUAUUAUGAAUAUUUUCAUUAUUUUUGUUUUUUAUUAAUUUAUCCUAAAUUACGUGUAGGUCUAUACUGAAAUUUCUUGUCAUACCAGUGAUGAAAAAUAUAUAAUGCUGUACAUGUACAUUUAAUUAUUUUUAAGACACAGAUAUGACAAUAGUAAAAUGGUUAUUAGUAAAAUCAUCAUGUUUAAUUUUAAUUGCAAGUAUGAAAUUAAAAAUGACCAUGAUGCAUUUUUUUUUUGUAAAUAAACAUAUAUUGAAAAACUGCA